AUGGACCCUGCGGCUAAGGCGAGAAAGGACGAGAUUGCGGCCAAGAGGGCCAAACUCGCUGAGCUGAAGCGUCAAAGGGAAUUGCGCACACAGGAAGUCGAUGCAAGCCGCCAACAAGCUGCCGAAGCCGCUGCGCUGGUUGCGCCCAGGCCGAGCCGUGCUGACCACCGCAAAGACCUAGACUCCCUCAUAUCGAACCUUGUCGGCAACAGAUCCAGCUCAACAGGCCCUCGAGAUUCGUCUUCGCCGGCACCCGGACGAGCCAGCAGGCCUACGUCGGUUGUGAGUGGGGGAGAGAAUGUUGACCCUUCCACUCCGCCUACCCAGGCGCACCCACCGGCAGUCGUAGAGCAGACACUCUCCAUCGCCCCUCUUACUAUAGUUUACGAGGCUCCCGCAGAUUCGCAGCCCGAAACCGUCACAUACAACAGGGCCGUGCAGACAUCGGAACCGUGGGAACCACAACGGGACCGCUCCCUUGAUUCAGACGAUGACUACGGUCUCACGCCGUCGAAGAAGACUCCGCGGGCAAGCAAGCGCCUGAGCCGAAGAGAGCGGGAGCGGGAUGAGGAGCUACGGCAGAACAUCAGGAAGGAGGUGGAGGAGGAGCUGAAAGCCGCACGGCAGCUUCCAGCAGAUGAUUCUACAGCAAUCACAACCGCCGCGCAAGAGAGCGUCUCAGCACGGAUCCUGACGGACGAGGAGCGCAAUGCCGAGGAAUCAUCAGCAGACUAUCUAGCCUUCAUAGAGAGGUCAACAAAGGUCGCUGAACGAGAACUAGAGGAGAAAUUUGAUGUUCUUAAGGACUACGCUGUAAAGGGUCUAGAAGAUGCGGAGGACGAAGAUGACGGAUCCGGAACCACAAGAGGCAAGAAAGGGAGACGAGUACGGGAAGUGGCGCAGUUCUUUGACGAGCGAUGGUGUUCGAAGCGUUGCGUUAGCGACAUCGCCUUCUCUCCGAAGUUUUCGGAGCUCAUUCUAGCCUCCUACACGCGGAACAGCUCAGCACCACACGACCCAGAUGGCAUCAUACAAGUGUGGAACAUGCACACGCACAACCGACCCGAGUACACCUUCACCUCCCAAUCCGACAUCCUCACCGCGAAGUUCUCUCCGUUCCACCCGAACUACAUCAUCGGCGGCUGCUACAAUGGGCAAGUAAUGGUCUGGGACACACGCGACCGCUCCGCAGCUCGCGGUCCCGUGCAAAAGACGCCCCUAACCAGCUCUGGGCACACUCACCCCGUCUACUCCCUCGACAUUGUCGGCACCCAAAACGCAAACAACAUCAUCUCAUGCUCUACCGACGGCGUCGUCUGCAGCUGGAGCAUCGGCAUGCUAACCCAGCCCCAAGAGUACCUCGAGCUAACUACCCCGCCACCCGCGAAGACAGAGGACAUGGCUCCCACGUGCAUCGCGUUUCCCAAGUCGGAUCCGACAUACUUCCUUGCGGGUACGGAGGAGGGCACCAUCUACCCCUGCCACCGCUACGACCGCGCAGGCGCCAAGGCAGGUGUCGACGCCCGUCUAAGUUACAGAGGCCACGCAGCGCCCAUCAUGAGCCUAGAUUUCCACCCCACGCGCGGCGACAUCGAUCUCGGCGACCUCGUCCUGAGCUCAAGCAUGGACUGGGGCGUCCGGCUGUGGAAGUCUCGCCCCCCAGCGGCCAAUGCAGCGAACAGCGUUUCGGGCGCGCAAUCCGCAACCGCCCUCAUCGAGUUCGUGCGCGAAGACGUGGUAUACGACGCGCGCUGGUCCCCGGUCAAGCCGGGCGUCUUCGCGCUCGUGGAUGGUGGGGGAGGGGUAGAGUUCUGGGAUCUGAACAGGGACGUCGAGGUCCCAGUCGCGAGGGCUGUGCCGAGUGAUAGGGGCCCGUUAAAGAGGUCGUUGAAUAAGGUCGCCUGGGAGCCGCAGGAGGGGAAGAGGACGGCGGUUGGUGGAUUGGAUGGCGUGGUUACGGUAUUUGAGGUCGGGGCGGAGCUGGGCGGGUUGGAGGGCGUGAGGUCGGAGGAGUGGACGGGGGUUAAGAGGCUGGUGGGGAGGCUAGAGGGCGCGGUUAAUGGGAGGUGA